CCAAUUUCUACGACCGCAGUAUAAAGGACAUUCCGCGAUGAGUCCUCACCUCUGAUCAGUGACCCUCUAGUCAACCCCUCAUGAGCCAAGAUGCAUCUUCCCAGCUACUCAAACCCCUGCCCGUGCCUCGGUCCCUCUCCGAGCCUCUCCGCUCGAAGAUGCUCACGUACGCGAACCGCCUGAGCGAGUCUCGCCACACCCAGACUCCGUACAGGCCACCGCGCAUCGCGUGCAUCGAGUUCGCAUACUACUGGGGCCGCUGGUCCCCGACGCAGCCACACAUCACGCCCGCGGCGCUCAAGCAGGCGAGAUCGGCCGCGCCCAAUGGGGGCCGCUGUGCAAUCACGAACAGCAGGCGCGCAAAGACGGCCGCGCGCCUUUUAGCUGGGUUGGAGCACGCCGAGCCAGACGUACGUAUAUCCUGCAUGGGUUUUCUGGUCGUGGACUAGAGUGUGUUCACUGAUUGAUUGAUUGAUUUCGCUUCUGCCUUGUUCACAUGCGUAAUAGCUUGCGUGGACACGCGGCAUGGGCUGGCAAUAUCUUGACCUUUUCUGACUUCUGCUUUUGCACACCACAGUAGACAUUGAGAUGCUGGGCAGGUUCCACACGCUCGGAAGCCACACGUUCUUCCUGGUUCCCGAACCACAUAUCAUUGAUACGCUGCUGACCAUGUGGAAAAAGAGCGAGAAGGAAAUACAAGAGUGCAUCUUCUCUUCGCACGUGUAUCAUCCACUGUAUCUGCAAUCCCCCCCCUCUUUGGCAGUUUUUUCAAGAACAAAAGAUUUUCAAAUACUACGUUCGUACCGUGCAUUCGUGCCCUCUUACAACGCUCGGGCCCAUCCGCAGUCAUAUCAAGCCACAUCUCGCCCUGUGCCGGAUGUGUACGUUUUUGACGGCGCGAGGCAGCUUCUUGUCAUAUCGUCUCAAGGGUGUUUAUCGGGCUGCACUAGACAUGCACGAUCCAGCAGCACGGAGUAGGCAUGACACGGACAAGGGUCUCUGCCUGGGCCAGCGCACUGAAAUAGAUGGAUCUGAGUGGCGACUGCGACACGACCUGUCGACAAUUCUCGCACGGCUGAACGCGUUUCACGAGGCUCGUCGCGGGAAUGACGUGAUUAGGCGCGGUCAAUGCGUACUGAACUUCUCAAAGCCUACAUACGCCAGGUUCAGGUCGUGAUCGAUAGUAAUCAGCUGUUUCAACGAUGCGUCAACGCCUUCGAGGCUUCGGAGGCUUUCAC